AUGAGCGACCAAACAAGGAAGAAAGACAUGAAGAGGAAGAGAGCUCAAUCAAUCCAUACUAAUUUCAAGCCAAUUGGUUCAAUCUCCCAGCCAUGUGAACAUGGUGAUGGUGCUAAUACAAAUGAUGUGCAGCCUAGCGAAGAGAACAACCCUAGUCAUGCUGAAGGUGAUGCUCAAGAUGUUCCGAAGCCAGUUGGGAAGUGUGGUUCGGACACAUUCACUGUCAAAGGAUUUGAUAAGUGGAAGAAGGUUAACAAUGGAAAAGAAUGUGCUUUUCUCAAACAUAUGGGCACUACUCCCAGCUCUGCUCAUAACUUUGCAGUUCGUUGUUACGAAAAUCUGAAAAAUAAUCCAAUUCAUAUUGACAAGGUGAUGAAAAAGCAAACUAAGCAAAUGGUUCUUGAUGCAAGACUGAGGCUUAAGACUUCUAUUGAUGCCAUGAGGUGGUUAAUGUUUCAAGCAUGUCCAUUUAGAGGAAAUGAUGAAUCUGAGGAUUCCAAGAAUCAAGGUAAUUUCAAGGAAAUGAUUAAGCUUUUGGCUUCUUAUAAUAAGGAUGUACAAGAAGUUGUACAGAAUGCUCCUAAAAAUGCAAAGUACACCUCCUCAACUAUUCAGAAGGAAAUUGCUAGCAUAAUUUCACGAAAAGUGCAAACCUCAAUUAAAGAAGAAAUGGGUAACAGCAAGUUUGCAAUACUGGUUGAUGAAUGUCGGGAUGAGUCUAAAAAAGAUCAGAUGGCAGUAGUUGUUCGGUUUGUGAACAUAGAAGGGUUGAUAAGGGAGCGUUUCCUUGAUCUUGUUCAUGUUAGUGACACUUGUGCUUUGACUCUCAAGAAUAAAAUCAUUGCUGUCCUAGUUGAUAAUGGGUUGAAUGUGCAAGAUAUUAGAGGCCAAGGGUACGAUGGAGCAAUUCUAAGAAGUGUAGCAACUGAUCGCUCAGCUACAAGGAAUUCAAGAGGAGACGCUGCAGGUGCCCUGAAGAUAUUAAACACAUUUGAUUUUGUCUUCAUUCUGCACCUAAUGGAAAGAAUUAUGAAAAUCACGGAUAUCUUGUGUGUUAAACUUCAAAAUAAAAGUUUGGAUAUUGCUAAUGCACUGGAUUGUGUUUCUAACACAAAGUCGUUGCUUGCUGAACUGAGACAAGAUGGAUGGGAAAGUCUUUUUGAAGAUGUCAAAUCAUUUUGUGUGAAACAUGAGAUUGAUAUCCCGGACAUGGAUCAAAGUUUGGAUAUUGCUAAUGCACUGGAUUGUGUUUCUAACACAAAGUCGUUGCUUGCUGAACUGAGACAAGAUGGAUGGGAAAGUCUUUUUGAAGAUGUCAAAUCAUUUUGUGUGAAACAUGAGAUUGAUAUCCCGGACAUGGAUCAAAGUUUGGAUAUUGCUAAUGCACUGGAUUGUGUUUCUAACACAAAGUCGUUGCUUGCUGAACUGAGACAAGAUGGAUGGGAAAGUCUUUUUGAAGAUGUCAAAUCAUUUUGUGUGAAACAUGAGAUUGAUAUCCCGGACAUGGAUCAAAGGUAUGUUGAUGUAACAAAAUCAAGAAAUAAGCAUGACAACACCACCGUUAUCCAUCAUUACAAAGUAGAUGUGUUUAAUGUUGCAAUAGAUCAACAAGUGAUAGAGUUGAAUGAUCGAUUCAGUUCUCAAGUUACGGAGCUUCUAGAUCUUUGUUCAUCAUUGGACCCUAGACAUGAUGCCUUCGACAAGUCAAAGAUAUGCACUCUAGUGGAAAAAUUCUAUCCUGCUGAUUUUACUAGUCAAGAAAGAGAUCGGUUGGAGUGUGAAUUACCACAUUUUCAGCUUGAUACAUUGAACCAUCCAGAGAUCAAAAAUUGCAAAUCACUUGCUGAUAUGACAAAAGGGAUAAUUAAAACUGGCAAGUCUUCUGAUUAUCCUAUGGUUGAGAGGUUGUUACGAUUAGUAAUAACUCUUCCGGUGUCAACUGCAACAGCAGAGCGAGCCUUUUCCGCAAUGAAACUUGUCAAGACACGUCUUCGAAGUAAAUUGGGAGAUGAUUUUCUUCGUCAUUGCACUAUAGUCUACAUUGAGAAGGAAAUAGCAGCCAAGUUUAGCUCCGACGAUAUUAUUGAGAUAUUUGAUACUGGUGCUCGUAAAUCCGACUUCAAAUUAAUAGAUAUGUAA